ACUACUUGCUACCAUAUCACAUAGAAAUAAAAACCAUUCAUUCAUAUUUUAUGUUCUAUGUACUGUAAAGGUAGAAGUCUUAGAAAAAGUAGAAACUAGAAAUUGUCGCCGGUUUGUCAAAUUUGGACAACUAAUUAUGAGAUUGUUGGCGAUUUGUAUUUUUUUACAUACUCUUAUUUCGUCAGAGUCUAGUUUAGAAGUAGUCCAAGAUGAAGAGUUGAUGAACCUAAUAAGGACGGAAAAACAUGUCAUAGUAUUAUUUUCUAGGAAAUACUGUGAGUUGUGUGAUAAGUAUGAAGGAGAAUUAGCCUCGUUGAGAGAAGACUUGGUGGAGACACUCAAUGCUUGGGUUGUGAAAGUAGAAGAGAGCCAAAUGACAAGACUAUACAGUCCUAAUAAAGAGCCAGUGUUAGUAUUUUUUCGACAUGGUAUUCCUCUGCUGUAUGAAGGGCCAUUGAAUGACGAAUUAAUUUUACACACAUUCACAGCAAACAAAGAACCUGUCACUAAAGAAUUAACUGAUGAAACGUUCGAGCACCUCACCCAAGCGGCUACAGGUGCUACAACUGGAGACUGGUUUGUUAUGUUUUAUACACCUCAGUGUGUAGAUUGUGCCCGUUUGCAAGCUAGAUGGGAGGCAGUAGGAGCUGAACUGAAGUCGAAGCUCAAUGUUGCCCGUGUCAAUAAAGCCACUACAGGAGCAGCUACAGCAAGACGUUUUGAAGUUAUCAACGUUCCAUCUUUCAUACUUUUUCGUCAAGGCAAAUUGUAUCAUUAUCAAAUUCAAAAGUUUGAUGUCCGUUCUUUUGUGGAUUUCGCGCAAAGCUGGUACAAAAACGUUCAUCCAGAAAAGGUGCCGCUACCAAAAUCACCUUUUGAUGACUUUGUUGCUCUUGUUGUAGAUUAUAUGCGAGAGUUUCCCUGGUUAUGGCAACUUGGAUUCAUAACAUUUGUGGCUGGUCUGAUUGGUGCAGUAGUUGCUAGAUUUAUGUGGGGAACAGUACCAGAAAAGAAAAAAACGAAUAAGGAAAAAAAAGAAAAAAGUAAAAAUAAGUAGAACAGUACCUAUUGUCAUUUGUUGAUGAUUAUGUGUGGUUUAUAUAUUUUUAAAGAAAAUACAGAUAUUUGUAGUUUUUUUUA